UGGGCCUUCCGUCUGUUUUCAGUAGUCGGAGAGGAAGAAAAAUGGCGGCUGCGACCGAUCAGAAGCGGGAUGCCAGCCAUUGGUUUUGAGCUUUCUCACGUAAACCGAGACCGGGGCUUUACGGGACUACUUCUUUGGAAUCUACGCAAAUCAAGCUUUCUGGCGGUACCCGUUUUUCUGGGUUCUGUGAAGGCUAAAUAAACGCAGAAAUUGACAUUGAAAAUAAUAGCUUUUAUAUAUAAUGAGGGGGAAAAGAGGCAGGCCGCCCAAAACCCUGCGUAUGCAGGAGCCUUCAUCCGAGCCGGAGCGUGGCUUGAGACCCAGGAGGGAGUUGAGGGCAAAGGGGAGAGGUAGUGCCGAGGUUGAUUUUGAGAGUCCCAAGAGGGGAAAUAACUCUUCAUCGAGGGGCAGGAGGAAAGUGGGAUCAUCUCGCGGUAGGGGAAGAGGCAGAGGUGGUGGUGGCGGCAGAGGUACUAGGGGCAGACGGUCAAUCGCUAGAUCUGUGGUUUAUGAUGAUCAUGAAAGUGAUGAAGACGAUGAUGCUGUGAGUUUGAGAUCUGAGGAGGACGAGUUGAUAGAGGAAGAGACGAUAACCGACGAGGAAGAAGAGGCCCUCAACGAGGAGUCAGACCCGCUUGAGGAAAUACUCGAGGAGGAUGAUGCCAGCUACUGUACUGAAAGCAGCUUUCGGAGUCAGAGCACUCAUGGCAGCACUCCGGGGCGGAAGAGGACGCGGGUGCACUGCCCUCGCUCUCCCAUCUUUGAGGAAAAGGAGAUCCCUCCUCUGGAGCUGCCCAGAACCUCUGAGGAUCUCAUGGUGCCCAGCGAGGAACUGCUCAACGUGUCCUCCAUCUACGAGGUCCUGCGCAACUUCAGCACGGUGCUGCGACUCUCUCCCUUCCGCUUUGAGGACUUCUGUGCUGCGCUGGUAGGCCAGGAGCAGUGCACGCUGAUGGCAGAGACCCACACAGCCCUGCUGAAGGCCAUCCUGCGUGAGGAGGACACCUCCAACACCACGUUCGGUCCUGCUGACCUCAAGGACAGUGUCAACUCCACCCUCUACUUCAUUGAUGGUAUGACGUGGCCCGAGGUAGUCCGUGCCUACUGCGAGAGCGACCAGGAGUACCACCAUGUCCUGCCCUACCAGGAGGUGGAGGACUACCCCUACGGCCCUCUGGACAGUAAGAUCAAGGUGCUGCAGUUCUUGGUGGAUCAGUUCCUCACCACCAACAUCGCCCGUGAGGAGUUAAUGUCAGAGGGGGUGGUGCAGUAUGAUGACCACUGCAGGGUGUGCCACAGAUUGGGGGACCUGCUGUGCUGUGAGACCUGCUCUGCCGUCUACCACCUGGAGUGUGUGAAGCCUCCUCUGGUAGAGGUGCCGGAGGACGAAUGGCAGUGUGAGAUCUGCGUGGCACACAAGGUGCCCGGGGUCACAGACUGUGUGACAGAGAUGCAGAAGAGCAAACCCUACAUCCGCCAGGAGCCCAUCGGCUAUGACCGCCACCGGAGGCAAUACUGGUUCCUAAACCGAAGAAUAAUUGUUGAGGAAGACGGGGAGCAUGAUAAGAAGAAGAUCUGGUACUACAGCACAAAGGUCCAGCUGGGAGAGCUGAUAGAGUGUCUAGACAAGGAGUACUGGGAAAACGACCUGUGUGCCGUCCUCGAGGAGAUGAGAGAGGAGGUGCACACUCACAUGGACAUCACUGAGGACCUCACCAACAAGGCCGCGGGCAACAACAAGGCCUUCCUCACGGCAGCCAACGAUGAGAUCCUGGAGCGUGUGCAGGGCAGGCAGGAACGGCGAGCAGAGGAGCAGGCAGAGAUGGUCACUACAGACACCACCAAGAUCGAGGAAGAGACCCCCACACACUGCUCUCAACUACCAGACCACAGAGAGCUCCAAGACCCCGAGUAUAAAGAGGAGGCAAGCUCACAAGCAGCUGGAGCUCCCCCUGCUGGAGAAGAGAACACCACCGUCCACCCCCCUAAGCCUGGCUCGUCCACCCAGGACGGCACUCUCCCUAAACAUGAACCCCCUAAGCCUGCUGAGGUGUCCUGCUCUGCCGCCUCUGAAAGUGGGGAGGCCUCCAUGGAGCCUGAGCAGGAGAGGCCAGAUGAUAAGCCUGUAGACUCAGAGUCCCAUGGAGAGGAGGACCCCUCUGCCCAGUGCCAGCCUACUCCCCCACCACCACACCCUGGAGACGAGAACAGCAACAGCAGCCACGUCUCAGCGCCUGGGGUCCUCAGGAGGCCUGAAGAGCCAAACCUCGCUGACAGGUCCUCUCAGUCCUCCAUCACCAGCCAGGACGACACGGGUGAAGGCAAGGAGAGUGGGAAUGGUGAGGGGUCAGCGUCUGGACAGACUAACAAUCGCAUAGUGACUCGUCUGCGUAACCCGGACAGCAAGCUGAGCCAGCAGAAGACCCAGGGAGAUGGCAGCCCUACACCCAGGGACAGCAAGGAGACAUCUCCUCCCAGCUCUGAGAGUGAAGUGGCUCGUCUGUGUACUGUGAAGAAAGAAUUGGCGGUGAAGGGCAACCUGAACAACUUCUUCAAGCUGGGCCAGGAGGGCAAGUUCCGAGUCUACCACAACCAGUUCAGCACCAACACACUGGGCCUCAACAAGCACCAGCAUCGUGAGGACCACGACAAGCGCCGCCACCUCUCCCAUAAGUUCAGCCUAACCCCCGCCGGGGAUUUCAAGUGGAACGGUUCCAUCCACGGAUCCAAGGUGCUGACCAUCUCCACCCUGCGGCUCACCAUCAUCCAGCUGGAGACCAAUGUCCCCGCCCCCUUCCUGCACCCAAACUGGGCCUCGCACAGGACCAACUGGAUUAAAGCGGUGCAGAUGUGCAGUAAGGCUCGGGAGUUUGCCUUGGCGCUGGCCAUCAUGGAGUGUGCCAUCAAACCAGUGGUCAUGCUGCCUGUCUGGAAAGAUGCGCUUGGACACACCAGGCUCCAUCGCAUGACCUCCAUGGAGCGGGAGGAGAAAGAGAAGGGGAAAAAGAGAGAGAAAAAACUGGAGGAUGAAGAGACUAUGCAGCAGGCCACCUGGGUGAAGUACACCAUCCCCAUCAAACACCAGGUGUGGAAGCAGAAGGGGGAGGAGUACAGAGUAACUGGGUGGGGCUGGAGCUGGGUCAGUAAGACUCACGUCCAUCGCUUUGUUCCCAGGCUACCAGGGAACACCAACGUCAACUACCGCAAAGUACUCGAAGCAGCUAAAACUGGCAAAGAAAAUGCAACAUCCUGCCCGAACAAACGAAAAUGUUUGCCCAAAGCACCAACGAGCUCGGAAACCCAGGCAAAAGAAGAGUCUACUCCAAUUACUGAAGAAAAAGACCAGGAGGAAACCUCCACCAUGGAGUCAUCUGGGAGCACUUCACCAGGAGAGGGACAGACUCUGAAAGGGAAGGAAGAAAAUAAUAUCACAGACGUGGAGGAGAAGAAAGAUGAUCAGGUGGAGGAGAAGACUGAGGACAAGAUGGAUGUUGACACCAGUCCACCAGACACCUGUCUCGGUGAGGAAAAAGGUAUAGUGGACAGCAAAUGCCCCUCAUCACUGACUGACCCUGCUGUGAAGGAGGAGCCCGGGGAGGAAGAAGAAACUAAGCAGGAGGACUCUGAGGCCAAGCCACCUGUCCGCCCCUUCAACUGGGAUGUGGUGAACGUCAGCGAGGGCUUCCAGCUCCGUACGGCCUACAAGAAGAAGGUGAAGACGUCCAAGCUCGACGGGCUGCUGGAGCGCAGAGUGAAACAGUUCACCCUGGAGGAGAAGCAGAGGCUAGAGCGCCUCAAACAGCAGUCAGCCCUGGCCAAACACACAGUCUCCAAGGAGAAAGUUAACACAGGGACUCCCACCACCAUCAAGGCUUCUACAGCAGACAAGUUAGCAGUGACACCGUGCACAAGUCUGAAAGCUGAGGGACAAGCAGCCUCAGUAGUUAAAGACACAAUUGUUAAAAGGCUGGACUUUGACCAGGAGCAGCCAGUGAAAUUCCAGCCCUCAGGAGAGACAGAUAAUCUGGAUGUCAGAUUAGGCUCCACCUGUAAACCCCAGGCAGCAGGAGCCACAGGCCCCAACCUCAACACCACAGGGUUGGCCAACCAUGAGAGCAGCGUUCAGGGCAAUGGUGGGGAUGCGUUAUCUCAAACAGAGCUGAAUGGAGGCUCCCAGAAAAGCAUAGACGUCAACAACAAAGUCAAUUUGACAUCUGUAGAACCGGCUUUAGGUGCGGCCAAACCUCCCAGAGCAGAAGUGAUGAUAGCAGGAGAAAACGGUAGGAAGCAUGGUUAUGAGGAGACAGAGCAAGGUAAUGGACAGAGGGAGAUAGAAAGCAUGGACGUAGACCAAAGCAAACCACAUUUAGUGCAGGUGAACGGGAAAGACGCUGUUGACACCAAGACUCCCGUAGACUCAAAGAUGCACUCAGACCUGGCCAAAAAAGUGGACACCAAGGUCAUGCUCCAGAUGUUAGAGGGUGAGAUCAAAACACUGCCAGUGAAGGAACCUGUAAAAUCCAUUAUGAAUGGUACUCUCUCUCAGGACGGGUUAAAGGUCAACAACACUGUGUUAGCCACCAGCCUAGCUUUGGAGGACGUAGAGAGAAAGGUUGUGGUGUCCGAGCCUGACUACUCUGUCACGUCGUCAAUGUUAGGGCCGCCCACUGGUGUUCCCACGGUAAGCAACAGCACCAAGUCUGAGCCAAUGGAGAUUGGGCAAACGGCAUCCAAUAAGAUCACCCCAUUUCCUAUCCCCACUGCAGAGGAGUCCAGCUUGAGUAACAACACCACAGAGAACAGCAGUAGCAGUACUGAGGUUCUGAAGACCAUCACCCAAGUCACCACAACCACUACUACCACCAUGUCAACAGAGUCUCGCACGGUGCAGAUAGCCAAGGUCUCCAGCAGCACUAAGCCUGCAGUGACGCCUGCUGCAGAGAGCAGUGCUGUAUCCACCCUCACCACCAUGACCAAGACCACCGUCACCAGGGUGUGCUCCCCGACCCUCGGGGCCGCCGUCUCCGAGGAGACCAAGACUGUUGUCACUGCAACGUUGAUAGAUGCCAAAUCUGGCCCCUCAGGCUCUUCAGUCACCUCCAUGACGGUCAGUAAGGAGUACUCCACCAGAGACUGUGUCCGGCUGCUAAAGUUCUCCCGCUCCAAGAAGACCCGCUCUGGCACGGCCCUCCCCUCUUACCGCAAGUUUGUCACCAAGAGUAGCAAGAAGAGCAUCUUUGUACUACCUAAUGAUGACCUGAAGAAGCUGGCGAGGAGAGGGGGCAUCAGAGAGGUACCCAUCUUCAACUACAACGCCAAGCCAGCCCUGGACAUCUGGCCAUAUCCCUCCCCCAGACCCACCUUUGGAAUCACGUGGAGAUACCGUCUCCAGACUGUGAAGUCUCUGGCGGGGGUCAGUCUGAUGUUGCGGCUGCUCUGGGCCUGCCUGAGGUGGGAUGACAUGGCUGUCAAGCCCUCCCCUGCUGUAGGAACCACCCGCACAGAAUCCUCGGAGACGGCGAUCACCACAACAGAGAUCAUCAAGCGGCGAGAUGUGGGGCCGCACGGCAUCCGGUCUGAAUACUGCAUCAGGAAGAUCAUCUGCCCAAUUGGCGUUACUGAAGCUCCCAAAGAAACUCCCACUCCCCAGAGGAAAGGCCUGCGCUCCAGCGCUCUGAGGCCAAAGAAGCCUGAACCGGCCAAGCAGACUGGACCCAUCAUCUUAGAGACGUGGGUGGCCGAGGAGGAGCUGGAGAUCUGGGAGAUCAGAGCCUUUUCAGAAAGGGUAGAGAGGGAGAAGGCCCAGGCUGCAGACCAGGCUAAGGUUAGUAGAACGCUGAAGACAGCAGAGGAGGCCAAGGCCCAAUUGGAGGCUCAGCUAAAGCACCAGAGAUUGGCUGCUCAGCAGAAACGGUUGGAGCAACAGAAGCCUGGUGCCACCACCUCCACCCCCACCAGCACCCCUACAACCUCAGCCUCUGGCACUCCGGCAUCCCUGACCAGCCAGGUCACCCCGGGGACUAAACUGGUCCUGGCCACCAAGCUGGGGACACCUGUCACAUUCCAGCAGAACAAGAACUUCCAUCAGUCAUUUACUUCCUGGGUCAAGCAGGGCCAGGGUAGUCCAGUCUCCACUUGCUCACGGGCCACCGUGGCCAACAGCAUGGUCACCACCUCUGGACAAACGUUCCAGAUCUCUGCCAGCCCGGUGACCAUGGCUGGCCAGGUCAUCACCGCCAAGCUACCCAUUCCGGCCAACAGCAAGAUUGUUACGGUCAACAUGCCAACCACACAAGGAGGUAUGGUGCAAGUCCAGCAGAAUGUCCUGGGCAUUAUUCCAUCCAGUACCCCAGGCAACCAGCGGACCUACUCCUCAUUCCAGAACCGCAACGCCACCAUCAACAUCAGACCCAACACCUCCACCUCAACCACCACUCAGCCGGUCAUUUCCACCGAAGCCCAGAUCCGUCCGGGCAUGACGGUGAUCCGAUCGCCCCUGCAGCAGGGCACCACCAUGGGCAAAACCAUCAUCAGAACCCCCUUGAUGAUGCAACAAGGCCAGCAGCAGGUGGUGACUCAGAUCAUCCGGGGCCAACCUGUCUCCACAGCAGUUUCCAGUGCCAGCCCUGUGCAGACCAGUGCAGGCCAGAGGAUGCUGGGUGCCGCCCCGUCCCCCCGUCCUGUCACCCCUGCCCCCGGGCAGUCCCCAUCACCCUCCACCCCCCAAGGCAGCCGACCACAGCAGGGCCAGGUCAAACUCACCCUGGCCCAGCUCACCCAGCUAACGCAGGGGGCACAGGGAGGGAACCAGGGUCUCACAGUAGUAAUCCAGGGACAGGGACAGACCACAGGCCAGCUGCAGGUCAUCCCCCAGGGAGUGACAGUCAUCCCAGGCCCUGGGCAGCAGCUCAUGCAGGCUGCCAUGCCCAACGGCCAGGUGCAGCGCUUCCUCUUCACCCCAGGGGCAACAGCCCCUGUCCCCAACCCCGCCACCACGGCCAGUGCUGCUGUCACCCCCGUCACAGCCACCACAACAACACCCUCAGGGCCAGCACUGUCUCGGCCUCCAGUUCAGACUCCCGCCACCUCUCAAGCACCGGCACCACCAGUCCAGCCCCCUCAACAGGCUAUCGCUCGUGUCCAGCCCCCUCAACAGGCUAUCGCUCGUGUCCAGCCCCCUCAACAGGCUAUCGCUCGUGUCCAGCCCCCUCAACAGGCUAUCGCUCGUGUCCAGCCCCCUCAAAAGGCUAUCGCUCGUGUCCAGCCCCCUCAACAGGCUAUCGGUGUCCAGCCCCUCAACAGGCUAUCGCUCGUGUCGAGCUAUCCUCAACAGACUAUCGCUCCAGUCCAGCCCCCUCAACAGGCUAUCGCUCCAGUCCAGCCCCCUCAACAGGCUAUCGCUCCAGUCCAGCCCCCUGCCCUCGUUCCUGCCCCUCCAGUGUCCACAUAUCAGGCUCAACCCCCUCAGGCUCAAGUCCACAUCCCCCUCCAGUCCCCCACUGCCUUACCCAUCCAGCAGAUAGCCCAGAUCCCAACCUCUCCACAACCGGUCCAUAUGAAGACUCUCUCGGUCUCCCCCUCCGUCACCCAGGCCACAGUGAGGCCCAUCCAAGCCCAUGCUCAACUCCAGCCCCAGGUUACGGCUCAGAUCAGGCCCCAGCAGCAGCUGCAGCUCCACCACCAACCCCAGCUGAUCACAGUGCCGGGGCUGCAGCAGCAGGUCCAGGUGCUGGGCACCAUCCAGACCCACGUGGCGGCCCAGCUCCAGGCCCAGCAGGGUGGGGCAGUGCCCCAGCAGAUCAAGCUGCAGCUGCCUAUUCAGAUCCAGCAGGCAGGAGGCCAGGUACAAGCCCACCAGAUUCAGAACGUGGUGACCAUCCAGACAGCCAGCAUGCAGGACCACCUGCAGAGGAUCCAGCAGCUCCGAGAGCAGCAGCAGAAGAAGAAGCAGCAGGAGGCCAAAAGGGAGCAGAGCCUGCAGGCCUCCAGCCCCAGCGACACCAUCCAGAAACAGGUGGUGAUGAAGCAGAAUGCUGUGAUAGAAAAUCUGAAACAGAGGAAGACCAUGACUCCAGCAGAGCGGGAGGAGAACCAGAGAAUAAUCGUCUGCAACCAGGUGAUGAAGUUCAUCCUGGACAAGAUCGACAAGGACGAGAAGCAGGCGGCUAAGAAGAGGAAGAAGGAGGAGUCUGUGGAGCAGAAACGCAGCAAGCAGAAUGCCACCAAGCUCUCGGCUCUGCUCUUCAAGCACAAAGAGCAGCUCAAGGCUGAGAUCCUGAAGAAGAGGGCUCUACUGGACAAGGAGCUGCAGCUGGAGGUUCAGGAGGAGCUGAGGAGGGACAUCAGCAGGCUGAGGAAGGAGAAGGAGAAGGCCCAAGCUGCAGCCUCUCAGGCAGCCGCUGCCGCAACCGCAGCCCAGGUAGCCUCAUCCCUCUCCCCCACCAUGGCCUCGCCCUCCUCCGCCCACAAACGCAAGAGGGACGACGAAAGGGACUCGUCCUCCGCCAAGCCCAAGAAGAAGAAGAUGAUAUCCACUACCUCAAAGGAUCACAAGAAGGAAGUCAAGCUGUACUGUGUCUGUAAAACGCCCUAUGACGAGGCCAAGUUCUACAUUGGGUGCGACCUGUGCUCCAACUGGUUCCACGGUGCGUGUGUGGGCAUCACGGAGAAGGAAGCCAAGAAGAUGGACGACUACGUCUGUAAUGGCUGCAAGCAGGGACAGGACUCACAGGACUCGGAGGGCACCACGGAGGAGCUGUACUGCAUCUGCCGGACGCCAUAUGAUGAAACACAGUUUUACAUUGGCUGCGACCGUUGCCAGAACUGGUACCACGGGCGCUGUGUGGGCAUUCUGCAGAGUGAGGCCACCCACAUAGACGAGUACGUGUGCCCGCAGUGUCAAUCCACGGAGGACGCCAUGACCGUCCUCACACCGUUAACCGACAAGGACUACGAGGGUUUAAGAAGAAUCCUGCGCUCCUUACAGGCUCACAAAAUGGCGUGGCCGUUCCUUGAACCAGUCGAUCCCAACGAUGCUCCUGAUUAUUAUGGCGUUAUAAAGGAACCCAUGGACCUCUCCACAAUGGAAGACAAAUUACAGAAACGGUAUUACAACAAGCUCACUGAGUUUGUGGCGGACAUGACCAAAGUCUUUGACAACUGCCGCUACUACAACCCCAACGACUCCCCCUUCUUUCAGUGUGCCGAAGUUCUGGAGUCAUUCUUUGUACAGAAGCUCAAAGGUUUCAAAGCUAGCAGGUCUCAUAACAACAAACUACAGACUUCGACCUCUUAGUAUAUACCACAUAUGUGAACAACAAAAAAAUGCACUCUGCGAGAAUUGGGUUAAAUUCUGAACAAUUAAUCCAUGUUGGGAUCUGGCUCCUGUGCUUUGUGACCUCCACUCCUCUCCCUCCUUCUGGCCCCACUACGCAGCCCCCAAAGGAAGACUCUCCCUGUAAGACCAGCAGCGCUGCUCCCACACAACUGUCAGGUGGAGCUGCUGCCUGCCCACCUCUGCCACAUGGACAUUUGACAAGGGGUUAAAAUGGAGGGUUUGAAUAAAGGCAUUUCUGAAAAAGGUUACCUUGAAGAAAAUACUUUCUUUGGAGAUCUCACGUUUCCUUGUUCCUUCUUCUUUAUUUGAUUCUUUGUUACCCCUCUAGCCAGUUGAAGAAAUUAAGAAAAGCUUACGCUUCCAUGGCCAUGCCCAUAAAAAAUAAAAAACAUUUGACGCCUGUUUGAAUGUUGAAAAAUGUUGAGCUGAGUUGCACUCAGUGUAUCAGAUUGCACAGGGACACUUAGGUGUGUCUAUACCCUUUCAAUCACUUUAUUAGAGGUGGCGUGAAAGAUACAUCUCAUUGGGAAGGACUUGCUUGAGUUUGGACCGACUGGCUUUCUGGACACUAACAGUUUGAGUUUCAGUCAAGCUAUGCUGAAAGGAAUAAAGUAUUUGGUAUUAAUUGCCCAGCAGUAAUGACACUGCUAAGGAUAAAAACACAAUGUAUUUGAAGGUAUCCUUGCCCUCUUUGUAAAACUUGUCAGAUUUUGAAUUUUUGUUUUUGUAUUACAGCUGAAGAGAUUGAUGUAUAUGAAACAUAAUAAAUGGAGAAGACUGAGCUCUCUUCCAUUACUGAAA